AGUGACCUCGGGAGACACUUUCUGGUUGAGCCCAUCUUCAAUGGGCCCCUCGUCAUCCUCUCUUCACUUCUCGACAAUUGUUCAUGGACUGACUCCCUGAGUGACUUAUGUGAUGCUUCCAAUGUGAAUCCUGGACAGUCUCUGCUCAAUUCUCUCGCCGCCUUCAUUCACCCGCUUGAUUCCGUCCAUUCCCCGCUGUGCUGUUCGCAUGGUUCAGCUUCAAGAUAGCAAUAACACACCAACCGACGAUCCUUCCACGCUCGCGCAAAACCUCGCGCAGAACCGCCUCGAACUUUGUUCCUGAUCUCUUCGCUCUCUUCCACCACUCACAAUGACUUCUCCCUACCAGUCUUCUAUCUCAUACUCGCCGUCAGUCGCUGGUCCCGACAUGGCGGGUUCGUCGCGGGCCAUUUCCGACCUGCCGCAAUCCCAAGUUGAUGCCAUAAUUCGCACAAAACGCAAGGCGCGCGAACCCAAGGCCUGCUACCCCUGCCACGCUCGCAAAGUGAAAUGUGACCGCAACCUACCGUGCGAUGGCUGUGUCAAGCGCGACCAUGCCGACCUCUGCUCCUAUGAACGUCCCUCCAAGAAGCGCAUCAUGACGGGUUCCUACCACAGUCCGCUGGGCGGUCCGCCUCCGGGCCCCGGUGAGACCAUCAUCAUACCACCCGAGCCUCCCCGCCCAAAGCCGGAAGCGGCUACCAGCCGACCAAGUCUAGCAGCGCCAGUGGGACCAGGGCGGGUGUCCAUCGCGCGGGAGGAGUGGGACAAUGUUCGCACGCGGUUGCGAGAAAUGGAACAAACAAUCAAUACCCUGCGAGUCGGACUCGAGAAGGCGGAAGAUGGACAUGGAUCCUCGCUGGAAACCGGCAGUAUACAAAGCGGCGAUGCCAGUAGUCGGUCGAAGGCUGCUUCGCCGGAGCGGGAGGGCAUCCAUGCGCCCAACACCUUUGGUGAGGGCACGGUGCACCUGGGGUCCCGCUCGGUGUUAGCGUACAUCCUGAACAAUAAAUCGGGAUCCGAUCAGCUUCAGGCGCUUCUGGAAGGAGGAAUCCUGCCGAAGCUGGGCCUGGACAACGAAUCUGCAACCUAUCCGUUUGUUGACCUCUGGUCAUCUGACAUGUCAACCUUUGAUAUCAGCGCCGUCUGCAGUGCUCUUCCCUCCGACCAGCAGUGCAAGGAUUUCUUCUGCUAUUAUCGAGACAUAGCAGGAGCCAUUUAUCCUGUCCUUGAAGACGUUCCACAGUUCGAGAUGAACCUGCAGCUCUUGCUCAACAAUAGGGCGGCAAUGGGCGGUGUAUACCGCGCCGAUCCAGACCAGGCCCAGAAGCCCUUUGGGGUGACUAUCGCCUACAUGGGAUUGCUGUUCGCUGUCCUGGCCUCUGGUUGUCAAUCGUCGGAUCUUCCAGGCAAGGAGAGAGAGUUGACAUCGCAAGUCUAUGUCUGUUGCUCAUACCAGUGUCUUCGGAUGACCAACUUUUUGUCGCAGCCAACCAUCGAUGCCAUGCAAACCCUGCUGGUGAUUGGCAACGUCUUGUCGUACAACAUGAAUCCCGGAAUUUCAUAUGUACUUCUUGGGAUGACACUUCGGAUGGGAUUGGCCCUCGGGCUGCAUGUUGAAUCCAGCCGCUUCUCGGCCGCCGAGCGGUAUCGCCGUCGCCACGUUUGGUGGUCUAUGGCUUGGCAGGACAGUCAUUUCUCUCUCUCCUACGACCGGCCUUCUACGACCGCUGUGAGCCAGCCGGAAAUCGCAUACCGUGAAGACCGGAAGCCCGGCGAAAUCUCGUACUUUGAGACGCUGUGCCGAGUCAUUGGUCUGUGUUUGGAAGUGGUCCGCAGCCGCAUGUUGAGUCCGCAUUCGCAACUGAGCUACAAGACGAUCCAGGGCUACAAGGAGCGUAUCCAGCAGAUCAUGAUUGAGGCCAAGCCUCAUCUCCGCGAUCGUAAAUACUGUCUCUCUGCCACCGAGCACUUGGAGCGGGUUGUUCUCAAGCUGCACUCCUCGUACUUCUCCUCGGAACUCUAUCGGCCCGCCUUGAAGCUGGCGGGAGAUACCGCCGACCCAGCCGCAGCCAGUAUGCGGGCCGACUGUAUUCACAACCUCAUGACGACGGUGGAGGCGUACAUCGAGAUGCACAGCGUCAGCUCCCAUGCGUCGCGGUCGUGGAUCGCGCUGCAGCGAGCCAUCAGCUCGAUUUUCCUGUUGGCGGUCACCGACGAAUCGAAAACCAUUCCCCGUUUCUGGAGCUUAUUGCAGCAGCUCAAGAUGAUCAUCUCCGAGCGCGCCAACGCCGAGCUCGAUGCCACUGUCCCUCCGGCGGAUGGUGCCGCCCCCCCUACCCUCAGCACUAUUCCCCGCGCGCCCAGCACUGCCGCCCCGAGCCCCGCAGGCAUGAACUCUGCAUCCCCCGGGUCUGUCGGGGUCGGCGUUGAGACACAGACUCAGUGGGCCAAGCCGUUGACCAAAACCCUCCGUGCUCUGGAGAAACUGGAAGCCGCGUUUACUUCGCAAGCCGCUCGAGCUGCCGGCCAGGCUGGAUCUCCCGCGUACCUCAAUCCACAUGCAGGGUCCAGCAUGGGCGUUGCGGGUGCUGCGGCGGGUAUGACGCCGAGCCUCGGGUCUCUUCCGCCGCCAACGCCGGAGAGUUCGACCAGCGGCGAGUGGUCCAUCCCUAACAUCCUGGAUCGUGCGGCCGAAUACAUUCACCCACCGUUGUGGAGCUAAGUAGGUCGUUGAUGAGGAAGCAGUUGCACUUAAUCCGGCGUUUGGCUCUAGCAUUUAUUUUGAGGUGGGGGGGGUCGCUGGGACGGCGAUUAUGAUCACUGCUGGCGCAUAAUGGGGAGUUUGAAAAUGGUUUAUUGUGUUUCUCAGAAACUUUAUUCUCUGUCUAAUUGACUUGUCUGUGUAG